GCCGCACCGGCCGUCGUUCGCUGCUUCCAGACGCACGCUGUCUGCACGACGAGGCAGCGAGCGACAGCGAGGCAGUGGUUGUCAGCGCUGCAUCCGCCCUCAGCCACAGGGCGCAGCACAUCGCCCGCACGUCGGGGUGCCGCGACUAGUGCGGCGCGGCCCUCUCAUGCUUCAUGCCUCGAAGCGCUGCACUGCAGCUGAGCUCUCGUCUUCGCGCGCCAGUCAAGAGGGCCACUCCAACCGCUCGCUUAGCGUGCCGCAGCGACAAUCUGGCAUGCAGGAGAGGCCGUCCGGAUGGACGAUUCGCCCACGCGCGGCAAGUGCGGACGACGAGCUCGCUGGGCCAGCCACGUGCGAGCAAGGCCACCCUCGACGGGCGUGCAGCGCUGCGAGUCAGCGACUCUGGGCCAGCUUCUGGGGAGCAAAGCGAUUGCGACGCAGAGACCUUGCCAUCAGGCCAGAUGAUCCGAGGCCCAGCUCCCGAACCACGUUCGGGGGCGCCUCGAGAAGGGGCCGCGGCGAGUCGCGCCUCCGCGAGGCCAAAUUUGGCGGACGCACCGUCUUCCUUCGGACGAGUCUCUGACCCGUGCAGAUUGUGUCGCACUCUGUCGUCCCACACGCAGUGCAAGGCGAGCAUCAGAGGGCACAAGGAUGGCCGCAGCGGACGCGGGAGCAGGCUGGCUCUCGGCCGUGCUCGUGCGAGCGUGGGACCGGCCAGGCCGGCCGCAUCACGUGCGCGCGCGGCGAGAAUGUCUGGGACGUAUAGGUAGCCCUGCUUGAAGUCGUGCGCGAGCGCGCGGACCAGUUCUAGCCCUU